UCAUUGCAAGUUAUUAAAACUUUAGGGACCUAGCUGUAACCAAAACAAAACUAAAAACCCGCCCAAUUGAAACAACCAAACCACAUACGGGUUUCUAAGACCCGCUUCUUAUCUGUAGCAGUGAAACACAAUCAUAUCCAUGGCUUCCUCAAUAUCCAUAAACCUCAAUUUCACUUUACAACAUUCUUCACUAACCCCUCCACUAACCACCCGAAGAAAAAUCUCAGUGCGAUGCGGUCCACGAAGCAACCGUGGACCUCUAGUCAAAGGUCGUAUACUCAGCAUAGAAGCAAUCCAAGCAAUUCAAGCUUUAAAACGAGCUCAAAGAACUGACCCGACCCAAAUCGAACCGCAAGUCUCAAAAACCCUAAAUCGUUUAAUCAAAGCAGAUCUAAUUGCUGCUUAUAAAGAACUCUUACGACAAGAUCUUUGCGAUUUAGCCCUCAAAGUUUUCCCAUUCGUUCAAUCGGAAUGUGAUGUUCCUGAUUUAGGGCUUUAUGCUGAUAUGGUUUUAGCUUUGACCCGAACCGGGUUGACCCAACAUGUUGAUGAAUUGAUUUGUGGUUUAGAGAAAGAGGGGAAAAUUCAGUGUGAUGAUAAGGGGCUUGUAAGGUUAGUGAGGGCUUUGGUUGAAGGUGAACAAGUUGAAUCAACUGUUAGGGUUUAUGAAUUGAUGAAAAGGAGUGGAUGGGGUUCUAGAUUUGAGAUUGAUGAAUAUGUAGCUAAGGUUUUAAGGAGAGGGUUUAAGAGAUUUGGGAAAGAGGAAUUGGCUGGUGAAGUUGAUGGACAAUUACAAAGAUUGUAUCCUGUAAUUUUGGGGAAACAAUAGAUUAAUGAAUUUUGAGAACUUCGUAGAUUUUUUUCUGUUCUUGAUCUGUUGUAAUUGUAUAUUGUAGUACUAGUAAGUAUACAUUGCUAUUUGCUAAAGAAAAGAAUACCAAGUUCUCAAAUA